CAAACGUUCAGUUGACCCACUGCAAAUGAACAAAUAAAAUACAAUUUAACGGGCACUAGAAAUUAGAAAAUGCCUCAUUUUUUUACCUCCUCUGCUUCUCUGCUUCAGGUCGUCUCCUCUAUCUUCUCUUCUACACACCAAAAACCCUAAAAACCUCUGGAUCCUGUCGGAAAACAUAUUCCACUUAUAAUCUCUCGGAAAGAGUCCUAAUGCGUCGCGCACUUCAGACUGUGCUACAGGGUAUCGAGCGUUGGAGUUCUGUAGCGGUUUCCCGAUCUGUUUCCGCUGAUCAAGUGUGAUUUUAAGGUGUACGAGAGAGAGAGAGAGAGAUAAGAUAGGUGAAAGAAGAGGUAAGAGAUGUAUAAGAACCAGCUGCAGGAGCUGGCGCAAAGAAGUUGCUUUAACCUUCCGUCGUAUACGUGUAUUAGAGAAGGUCCCGAUCAUGCGCCUAGAUUCAAGGCUACUGUUAACUUUAAUGGGGAGACGUUUGAAAGCCCUAACUAUUGCACGACGUUGAGGCAGGCGGAGCAUUCAGCAGCAGAAGUUGCGCUUAAUUCGCUUUCGAGCAGGGGGCCGUCGCAUUCGCUAGCCGCAAGGAUCCUGGAUGAAACAGGUGUCUACAAGAACCUCUUACAGGAGAUUGCACAAAGAGUUGGAGCAGCAUUGCCAUCAUAUACAACUUUCCGGUCAGGUCUUGGACAUCAACCUGUCUUUACUGGUACAGUAGAGCUUGCUGGAAUCAAAUUCACAGGGGAACCAGCCAAAAACAAGAAGCAAGCUGAAAAGAAUGCAGCCAUGGCAGCAUGGCUGUCACUGAAACAAUUGGCUCAGGAGGCUGCGAACUCGUCAUCAGAGUCGGAGAACAAUGAUGAACAGGAACAAAUUACCAUAGCACGGGCCCUACUGAAUUACCGUCUGAAGGAAAAGAUGGCAAUGGGAAAUUCACCUGAUGCUCCAUCCCCAUUCCCGAAGAAAUUCCCAAUACAAAACCUAAGACCAUCGAGUCCACAGCCACCCCCGGUUACGACAUCAAAAAUCCUCCCAUUGAUCCGGCCAAAAUCAGCCCCACGAAUCAGACCUGCAUCAACAGCAGUAAAUGACUGCAACCCAGCGUCACCUGAAAGCCGUGUAGUCCGUCCCCAGAAGUUCCCUGCAACAGGAGCGGCACCUUACAUCCCUGUCCGGCAUUUCAGGUCACCAUACCGUGGCAUUGCACCACCAGUGACAGUGAGGACUGCUGUUCCUGUUUUUUCCGCUCCACCGCUUCCACCACCAACUGCCACUUCCCCCAGGAUCCCGCCAGUGAUAGGACCACCGUCUAUGCAUGCCGCACCACCGGUUAGAAUUAGACAAGCUGUCCCAGUGUUUGCUGCUGCUCCUGUUCGGGUGGAAGAACGACCAGUUUUCAUGGUUCCAACCCCUCCAGCCCAACCAUCAGUUAAGAAAGAGGAGAGUGUCACUGCGACAGGGAAUGAACUGCAAGAAUCUGUGGCAAUAGAAAGCCUGAAGCAGCUCAAAAUCUGAUUUUGUUAGGAGAAGAUUUGAAUCCUCCUAAAAAAAAAAAAAAAAAAAAACUAUUUUCAAUUUUGUGCUGAUCUUUUUGUUGAUUCUAUUUCCAUAUUUUCCCAUCAUUACAUCUUUCUUUCCCCAUUUUCCCGGUGUUGCAUACACAAGCGAUCUCUGUUUUCGUCUGGCAUAGCGAGAGAUGGAGCGGGACUGCGUCUCUGCGGGAGGGGUAUUAAAACAACACAACGUCUUUCCGAGUCCGCUUGUAGAGGGAGAGUACCUGAACUGAAAUGCACCGAGGCCGCAGUAUUCCUAUGUGCCGACGUGCGUGAAUUGCAAUUGGGUUUAUUCCCAAGGAGUUCCUGAUUUAUUGACUUGUUUGUUCUUCUGAAUUUCAAUUGCGGUAGCCAAAUGGACUGGCAGCCUGUGUUGAUCGGCUUCUGACUGAAAUUUUAAUCAACUAGAGUGCAGAGGAUGAUGAUCUCCCCAUCUACUUUGCUUGAA